UCUCUGCCUCGCCGAACUCCACACGCCCGCCGCCUCUCCCGAGCCCGGCCGCCCCCGCCACGCCCUCGGCGCCGGCCGCCCCUCCCGCGCCCGGCCGUCCCCGCCCCCCGCCGCGGCCGCCCCCGCCGCGCCCGGCCCCCGACGCGCCUAGCCCCCGACGCCCGCCCCCGCCGAGGUCGUCCCGACCGCCGCCGCGGAUGCCCCCUCCGCCGCCGCGCCUGGCCGUCCCCACCCUCGGCCCAGCCCGCCCCCGUUGAGGUAUCAGCAAUCUCUCGCUGCUUCGAUCGAUCAUAGCUGAAAAACAUGCAGCAGACAGAUGAUACAUACUUUUAUAUGGCUCGAUUUCGAUUGAAUGCAAUGCAAUGAUGGCAACAAGGACCAAGCUAAGCAAGCUUAUCAUUAGCCUGCUCCUCCUUUGUAUCUUGAUCUUUUUAUCUCGUUUGCAAUGAUGGCAAGGACCAAGCUAAGAAUGCAUCAGGCAGUGGCCAGCUCGAUGAUCCGGAUAAUUCAGAAUUGCUUACUGCGUGGAAAUUUAACGCGGCUCCGUGCUAGUACGCAGCCAAGUCAGAUCGUCGAGGCCGGCCUGAGACAAGGGGGCAGCUGAGCUGGGUACUCAUCACCCGGCCCCAUAUAUGCAUGCAAUAUACUGCUAGCUACCUCAAAUGCAGUUAAACUGAUCAAGAGGACAGGACGGACGAUCUGCCACAUAAUUGUAAGCUAUAUAUAGCUACCGCAAUGAGUUAUCACCUUAAUCAGGGUACGCAGUGAGUUAUCACCUUAAUCAGAAUAAAAUUGAAACCUCCAAGGAUGCCAAACUUGUACUCACAACUGAAAGCCUUAAGCAUGGGCUCAACAUGCUCCAAAGCAUGCAAAAUGGUAACAAGAGCUCCAAAAACUCACUGAAGGAUGUUGUCACAGAGAAUGAGUUUGAGAAAAGGCUUUUGGCAGAUGUUAUACCUCCAAAUGACAUUGGAGUUACCUUUGAUGAUAUUGGAGCCUUGGAGAAUGUAAAGGACACGUUAAAGGAGCUGGUGAUGCUCCCUUUGCAAAGACCUGAGUUGUUCUGCAAAGGGCAGUUAACAAAGCCUUGCAAGGGGAUAUUGCUUUUCGGAUCUCCUGGCACUGGAAAAACUAUGCUUGCCAAAGCAGUAGCAACUAAAGUAGGCGCUAAUUUCAUCAAUAUAUCAAUGUCGAGCAUUACAUUGGUUUGGUGAAGGGGAGAAGUAUGUAAAGGCUAUUUUCUCACUAGCAAGUAAAAUAGCACCCAGUGUUAUAUUUAUUGAUGAGGUAUGCAAGCACACAAGUUUACUUUAGUAACCACUACCUUGCUGAUGCAUGAACAAGACGACAGGUUAGACUUUGUCGAAACCCUCUUCAACAGUGGAGGUAUCGACCAUCACUCUUCAUUGUAACCCGAUGGUGAUCGGCGACCGUGAGCUUCCAUGUUAUUGUGUUCUGAUACUUGAGACUUUUUAUUAUGACUAUGUAUGAGAUAUUGUCUCUUAUUAGUACUGGAUGAUGAGAUGUGUCUUAUUAUGACUAUGGAUGAGACUUUUGUGAUGUAAUUGAUGAGACUAUGGAUUUAAAUAUUGUUAUGUGAUUGUGUGUGAGAUGUUUUAUAUGAAAA